AUGUACAGAGGGCAAUACGAUACCGAUGUUACCGUGUGGUCACCACAAGGCCGCCUUUUGCAAGUGGAGUAUGCUGGAGAGGCGGUUAAACAGGGCUCGAUCUCUUUAGGCCUAUCCAAUAAGCGCUAUGUCCUUCUUGCUGCAUUAAAGGUAACCUCCCAUAUUGAUGGUCGUAGCGCUCUCCUGGCCCGCUCGCGGGGUUCCAGAAAAAGAUGUAUGCUAUUGAUGAGCAUUGCGGUAUGGGCAUUUCUGGUCUCAAUUCUGACGCUCGAAUCAUAUGGUAAGUCGCACUAUACAAGUCAUAAUCAUCAAAGCUCGUUUCUACGUGCAGAGGCGACCAAGGAGCGCGAUGCAGUCACAAAAAUCGACACAAUUUUACGGCGGCAGGCCGAACGGCGUGGGGCUCCUAAUUGCUGGAGCCGAUCUGGUGACGCCGAUCCAUAUCAUGCCGUCGCGAUUGGAGCGAGAUCACAGCCUGCCCGAACUUACCUGGAAAGCCAUCUUCAGGAAAUUCUUGCCACGGAAACAAUGGAAGACCUUGCGCUACAUGCGAUUAGAGCGCUUGCCGCUUCAAUGCCGGCAGAAAGCCCCCUAACCAUGCCACUUGUGUCGCUUGCUAUUGUUGGGGUCGAACAGCCCUUCCGCAUUUUGAACGAUGCAGAGACUGCUGCUCUUUUUUCUCGAUACACCGGUGCCGAGACAUCCAUGGACAUCCAAUAA